AUGUCUUUGGCAGCCAGUCUCAAUGCAGCUGACAUCACUGCAGCCCUCGCUGCUUGCGCAGCUGAAGGCAGUUUCGACCACAAGGCCUUCUUCGCAAAGGUCGGCCUGUCCGCCAAGUCUGCCGCCGACAUCAAGAAAGCCUUCGAAGUCAUUGACCAGGACAAGAGCGACUUCAUUGAGGAGGAUGAGCUGAAGCUGUUCCUGCAGAACUUCUCCGCCGGCGCCAGAGCUCUUAGCGACGCUGAGACCAAGAAGUUCCUCGCAGCCGGUGACUCUGAUGGUGACGGCAAGAUCGGAGUUGAUGAGUUCGCAGAAAUGGUCAAGCAGUGA